GUCUGCUUACCCUAUAGGACCAUGAGCACUGGGCAGGAGGCCAGGAGAGACGAGGGAGACACCAGGAGGGGCCAGGAAGCCUCGCUUCGGGACCGAGCCCACCUGAGCCAGCAGCGUCGGCUCAAACAGGCUACCCAGUUCUUGCACAAGGACUCGGCUGACCUGCUACCCCUGGACAGCCUCAAGAGGCUCGGCACCUCCAAGGACCUGCAGCCACACAGCGUGAUCCAAAGACGCCUGGUGGAGGGAAACCAGAGGCGGCUUCAGGGGGAGUCUCCCCUGGUGCAGGCACUGAUCCACGGCCAUGACAGCAACAGGACCAGUGGGGUACAGGUUCCAGCUCUUCUCGUCAACUGCAAGUGCCAGGACCAGAUGCUUCGAGUGGCGGUGGACACAGGGACGCAGCACAAUCAGAUAUCUACUGGAUGCCUCAGGCGCCUGGGGUUAGGGAAGAGGCCCCCAAAGGCCCCAAGUGGGGACCUGGCCCCUGGGCCACCAAGUCAGGUGGAAGAGCUAGAGCUGGAGCUGGGGCAGGGGACUGUGGCGUGCUCAGCCCAAGUGGUGGAUGUGGACAGCCCUGAAUUUUGCCUGGGACUGCAGACUCUGCUUUCCCUCAAGUGCUGCAUUGACCUGGACCGUGGAGUGCUUCGGCUGAAAGCCCCCUUCUCGGAGCUGCCCUUCCUGCCUCUGUACCAAGAGCCUGGCCAGUGACCACUGUCUCAGCCAGUCCCCAGGGCGACACUGCCUUAGGGGAAGAGUGGUGUGGAGUGGGACCUUUCCUGACAGGGC